CCGCCGGCCCUCAGCCCGGCCACAGCGGCGGCCGGCCCUGCCGUUGGUGGGGCCCGCCAUGGGGCUGUGCCUGCCCUGCAUGGGGGGCGCCGUCAAGGACGUGGUGGAGACGCCCGACCCGGAAAUAAAAAGAAGACAGCUAGCAGAAGCUGCUGAAAGGAGGCAGAUGGAGGCUUCCUCUCGAGGCAUUAAGAACGCUUACUCCGUAGAGCAAAAGAAAAAGAAACAGGAAGAAAUGGAGAAGAGACUUGCAGCUUCGGGUUCUGGAGGAGAAGGAGGACUGAGAUGGCAGGUUGGAUAAAGAGAGGUGACUCCUGAAGAGAAGAUUGAUGUUUACUGCCAACAACUUGCCAGUUUCUGCAGCAGAGUGGCACUUGCUCAUCAUGGCUUUUGCUGUUUGCGUACGAAGACUCAGCAGUACUUUGCCAUUGUGGGAGGACAGAUGUGGAAACAAAACACUAAGAAACCUGAGAACUAACUCUGAAUAUUUAAGUUUUGGCCAAAUUUGUUUGUUUGUUUUAUGUGCAUGUUUUAUUGCUUCCCUGUUAAGGGAGUGAGAUGGGUUUUCUCACGUGGAAGUGGCCUCCUUCCCUGUAGUCAGUCAGUAUGUGUGUGCUCCCUGGUCAGUUGGUGUCUGUCUGUCUGUCUGCGUGUGACUGCCUUAGGCACAGCUCCAGAGCCCAUGUCUUGUUUUUGAUGCUCUUUUCAACCUCCACCAUUAAACUUUUCUUUAAGUCCCCAUGUAGAAAGUUGUUCAUAAAUAUAUAUAUAUAUAUUUGAGUAUGUGGGUGAGAGCAUUUCUCUUUGGUUUCCUAAUGACUUCUGAACUGCUUAGGGAUUUAGUGCCUUUUCAAAAAAAGAAAACAGACCAUGGUGGGUCCUUACAAAUGGAAGCAUUUUGUGACACUAGUUUAAAAAAAACAGAAACCUUUUUAAACCCUAUAAUACUAUAGGAAGCAAGCUGUUUUAUUAUGAGUCUAAUAAUUGUUCUCCUCAUUUUCUGAUGUGGAUUUCUUUUGAGUCUGUAAGUAUUUAUAAUGAAUACUGGAAGUUAAACAUUAAAUUAAAAAUACUGUUAUGAA